AUUACUUCUGUAAAUGGAUCCUGAUUCGAAAAACGUGGACCUUUCGGAAAAAUUGGGAACUAUUCUAAACAUUUCAGAGAGUGAAACAAAAGGGCAGGAUGUAACAUCUAAGAAGUUGAGUUGCGGUGAAUCAGCUGACAGCAGACAGGUGCCUGUGGAGAAUAGCACUUUGGGAGCCUGCGGGGAUACAGAGAAGCCACAAAUUGCUCACGUCAGUUGUGAUCAAGAAACAGUAGAAGAACACUUCUAUGAGUGCAGAGAAUCACUGGAGUCUGAUGACUGUGGAACUGCUGAGUGUGUGGAGGGUGCGGCAAGUCUGUCGCCUGAGGAUGACAUUGAAGUAAUGAAAACUAAAAAGCUUGAAUUUGAUGAAGAAUAUUUGCGAGAGCUGGAAAAAGAUCUACCAGAGGAAGAGAAAAAGAAAAGACAAGAUGAAAGUCUGAAGUUAAAAGGAAAUGGAAAUGAACAGUUUAAAGGAGGAGAGUACACAGAAGCAGAGACUUCGUACACCAAGGCUCUUGAGGUUUGCCCCGCUUGCUACCAGAAGGACAGAUCCAUUUUGUAUUCCAAUAGAGCUGCUGCUAGAAUGAAACUGGAAAAGAAGGAAGAUGCCAUCUCUGAUUGUACCGAAGCUAUUCAAUUAAAUCCCAAUUACAUUCGUGCUAUACUGAGGCGGGCUGAGCUGUAUCAGCAAACAGAAAAGCUUGAUGAAGCGCUGGAAGACUACAAAAUGGUUGUAGAGAAAGAUCCUUCAGUGGUACAAGCUAGAGAAGCCUGUAUGCGAUUGCCACAACAGAUUGAAGAGAGAAAUGAGAAAAUGAAGGAGGAAAUGAUGGGAAAACUGAAAGAUCUCGGCAACAUGAUUCUUCGACCAUUUGGUCUGUCAAGUGACAACUUCCAGUUAAAUAAGGAUCCCAACUCUGGCUCUUACUCUGUCAAUUUUGUUCAAAAUCCAAACAAUAAUGAUAGGUAACGGGUUUGUCUCGUAACAGGCCCAACCCAAGAGUUUCCUGGAGAAAAAGUGUUUUUAUUUUGCAGGCUGGUAAGAAAUUCAGAGUGGCUAUGUUUCAAUAAGAUGUUCAUUUACAGUUAGAAGCUGCACUUGUUUUACCGCACUUAAACUGCCAUUGUUGUGUCCAAUGACCAGUAAUGAAGCCAUUACAUUUAUUUUGUGACUACACCUGAAUAAGUACUAAAGCAAACAUAACACUUCCAUGCUUAGAAGCAGAUAUGUUACGACAUUGAUCUCACAAACAGCAGUUAAAAGGUGCCGUGUGACCAUUGUAUAUAUAUAUUGUUUGCUGUGAUUUUUUGAUAUCUGCAAAUACUGCUGUUUGUUUACCUGUGUAAUAUUAAUCAUGCUGGGUUAUCAUUAAUACCAAUGCCUUACUCUCUCUGAGUAAAAAAAACAAAGCUAAAAUGAGAAUAUAUGAAUAAGUAAGAGCAUUCUGGAAAUAAAAAUGUAAUUGUAAUUCCUUCUGUU